AUAAAUAACCCAAAAUUCUCCCUCCAACUUCCUCAUCUUCUUCUGAAUAAUAAUCUCCAAGAAAAAAAACUCCAUAAUUACAUUUUUGGUUCAUUUUCUUUCCAAAUUUUGUUUCUUUAAACAAAAACAUUAUGACAAAAGUAGGCAAACUUGGAAAAUUACUCAAGAAAAUGCAAUCAAUGGGAAGAUCAACAUCAUUUAAUAAUAAUCAUCAUUAUGAGCAUACAACUAGUCUAAGCAGAAGAAGCUCAACAUCCUCAUCAACCAUUGUUGCUUCAAAGUACAACAACAACAACUCCUACGACGAUGACUCCUCACCGGAACCCUUCUCCGCCACCAAUCUUUGCCCGGUUUACGUCGGAAAGUCUCGCCGGAGAUACUUGGUUAGCUCGGAAGUCCUUGACCACCCGCUUUUUCGAGAACUCAUAGAGCGGUCGUCCUCCGCCGGCGGUGGCGGCGGCGAGGAGGUUUCUGUUGGGUGUGAGGUGGUGUUGUUUGAGCAUAUGCUUUGGAUGCUUGAAAAUGCUGACCCUCAACCUGAGUCCUUGGAUGAGCUUGUUGACUUCUAUGCUUGCUAAAUUGCUAAUUAAGCUAGAGUUCAUUAAUAUAUUGUGAUUUUGUUAAAAAAUAUGAGAGGUAAUUACAUUGUCUUUAUUUAAUUUUACUAUAUUUUUGAUUUUUUUUAGAGAGCUUGUAAUUUUUUCUCACCCUUAACAUAUAGUACUAUAUAUAUGUACUUCUUGUACAAUUAUAUAUAGGAAAUGUGAAUUAUAAGAUAAUAUGGGUGAAUGGUGAAAUUGCAUUUGAUUGACAUUAAAUUUUAAUUACAUUUGUCCAAAAAUAGGAACUUUUUUUGUUCUUGACAUUGCAAUUAUUAUUAGUAUA